CAGUACAGGAAGGUGUGUCGGUGGUAGCGGUUGUGUGUAGUGUGGUGCUGCACAGUCUCUCUUUCAGGCCUUGGUGUGCCACAGGGUGUUCGUUGUGACACUUAAGUUUGUGUUGGAGGACUCAGCGCUUGUUGGGUGACUGCGUUAGCUCGCAAGUGUUAGCAAUGCUCGGCGGACGGACCCAUGAUGCGAUGCGCGUGCUGGCGGUGGUGGUGGUAGCUGUGAUGGCGGCGCACUCAGCUCUGGCCAGCGACGGCUAUGAUUGCGGCUACAAGACGGUGUGGCUGGACAAGACGGAGUACAGACCGGUUCCUUACUACAAUGGAGGAAAGUCGGUGGCCAACACGUACGAGCCGGUGUACCUCACCACCACGAUCCUCAACAAACAGUCAGUGCCUUACUUCAUCACGCAGACCCAGAACGUGCCCCAGUUCGUCACCAAGAAGGCCACGCUGCCCCAGUACAUCACCCACACCGUCAUCAACACCCUUCCCAAGUACAUCACCGUCACCGAGAAGUCCUACGUCACUGUGUACGCAACUCGAACACGGAAGAGUUACGAAACCAUCUGCCCUAAAGGAUACGGCCACGGUGGACAUGGCGGCCACGGCGGCCACGGCGGAUACGGAGGGGGACACCACCACUGAGGUGAUGAAGGAGUAAAAGGCUUCUACUGCCGCGGCAGGACCGUGGGAAGAGUGUAUUAUGAAGGAGUGAGGGAGUAAUGUGCAUGGUGAUAGUUUUCGUGAUGAACGCUUCCUCCUUCUGUCUGUCAUUAUUAUUGUCACUGUUAUUGUUGUUGUUACUCUUGUAGUAUAGUCCUGAAGUGUAUUUUCUGUGUUACGAAUUCCAACGCAUGUACUCGUGCGUGCUAAUAUAUGUUUUCUAGUCCUUGGCAAA